GAGUGCAAUCUGUGUGGGGAAACUCACUAGAAACACAGUGAUUGUUUUCUAACAGAAUCAAUAAGAAAAUUCCUCGUGGACCUCCAUCCCCUCCUGCUCCAGUCAUGCACUCUCCAAGCAGAAAGAUGACAGUGAAAGAACAGCAGGAGUGGAAGAUUCCACCUUGUAUUUCCAACUGGAAGAACGCAAAGGGUUAUACCAUUCCACUAGACAAGCGUUUGGCUGCUGACGGACGAGGACUUCAAACUGUCCACAUCAAUGAGAACUUUGCCAAGCUGGCUGAGGCUUUGUACAUUGCAGACAGAAAGGCCAGAGAGGCUGUGGAAAUGAGAGCUCAAGUGGAAAAGAAGAUGGCCCAAAAAGAGAAAGAAAAGAAAGAGGAGAAGCUGAGAGAGUUGGCUAAAAUGGCCAGGGACAGGAGAGCUGGUAUCAAAGCGCACGGUGACAAAGGUGGUGAGGACACAGAAGUCAGGGAGCGUGACGAGAUCCGUCACGAGAGGAGGAAAGAAAGGCAGCACGACAGGAACAUCUCCAGAGCCGCCCCUGAUAAGAGGUCGAAGUUACAGAGAGAUCAGGACAGGAACGUGAGUGAGCUCAUUGCCCUGGGUCAGCCGAACCCCCGUACCUCCAGUGAGGCUCAGUAUGAUCAGAGACUCUUCAAUCAGAACAAGGGGAUGGACAGUGGUUUUGCUGGUGGAGAGGAUGAGAUCUACAAUGUGUACGAUCAGCCCUUCAGAAGUGGCAGAGACAUGGCACAAAAUAUUUACAGGCCAAGUAAGAAUGCGGAUAAGGACAUGUAUGGAGACAACCUGGACACACUCAUGCAAAGCAGCAGGUUUGUUCCUGAUCGGGAGUUCUCAGGUGCUGACCAUGGCCCCCGCCGGGAUGGACCUGUGCAGUUUGAGGAGGAUCCUUUCGGUCUGGAUAAGUUCUUGGAGGAAGCCAAACAGCACGGAGGCUCCAAAAGGGCGUCCACUAGUGGGCGCUCAAAGGACAACGAUCAUGAGAAGAAACGCAGGAAGGAGUGAGACAUCUCUGUCCACAGCUGCAGGGUCCUAAUUUUCUUUAGCUGUUAAGUGAAUGAUUAAAUUUUAGUAAUAUUGUAUAUCAUCCUUUUUUUUUAUCAUCCUCUUAUCUAAAUGUUUUUUUUCCAGUCAUGUUUUCUUCAAUUUAAAAGUGUGAACUUAAACCUAUUGUACCUCAAAGCCAACCUAAUAAAUUUCUUGAAGAGGAUUGCAUUGAAUGUGAUAAACUGUUUAUGGGUGGUGUGACAUUUGUCUAAAGUAAUCUCUUAACAGUGCUCCAACUGAUUUGGCGCAAGGUGAAAUUAAUUUCAAAUGACUCUCUCUCCAUUAGUCGUAUAAUGUACACAUCGAU